GCCCUAUUUCUGCCGGCUGAGGUAAUAGUAAAUGAAGAAGGAAAAGGCCACUAGACCAGAAAAACCAGUUCCUGACUUCUCCUGAGGAAUGUCAGCAGGAAGUCCUUUAUCAGGAAAUAUGCUUGGCCUGGCUUCAGAAUGCUGGAUGCGUCUGGUGCCUCUGGCACUUAAGCAGGGAAGACGUCUCGGAGGAAGCUCGCUCGAUUCCAUGUGCUGCAGUGGGGACAGAGUUACCGUAUUAUCUCUUCAGCCUGGGCAGACAGGGUAGCCCAGGAUCACCAGCCCAGCACAAGAAUUCGGAGCCUUCCCAGAUUUAUUCAGCCAGUGUUGAGCCCCAUACCACGACUAUUUGUGCCGUGCUAUUAAUGAAGGAACUUCUCGUCUUCUGGGCCCUGUGCUCCCUAGUGGGGAAUUCGCUAGCAGAGAGACCACCACUCAUUCAACAACCAAUCUUUUUGUCCACAAACUUUGAAAACAUCUUCACUUGGAAGAGCUGGGGGGAGCCACUUCCAGGCACGGUGUACGAUGUGCAGUACAAGAAGUACGGGGAUGCAUGGCAGAACAAGAAUGAGUGCCAAAACAUCACACGCAGCUCCUGCAACCUCACGCUUGAAACGGAAAACUUCACCGAUUGCUACUACGCCAGAGUGAGAGCCACCGUCCCUAACUGUUGCGUCUCCAAAUGGGCCGAGUCCUCAAGAUUCUAUCCCCGGGAAAACACCAUUAUUGGGAGUCCUGAUGUGAAAUACACACCCAGUGUUAAUUCAAUAAAGUUCUACGUGCAACCUCCUGCUACCCCUCUGAGAGACAAGGAUAACCAGACCCUGACCGUCGUAGACAUUUUCAGUCAAAUUGGAAUGACCGUUGAAUAUGAAUUAACGAUAUAUUGCCGAAAGACAAAGCAGGAGUGGGUCAAAGUUAACAACAACAAUGAAUUUGAAAUCUCUGACUUGUAUUCCAACACCGAAUACAAUGGAACAAUACACAUAAGAUAUUCAGACAAAAGCAGCAAGCCUUAUGUUUUUCGGGCAAAAACAUUAUCAGAUACCACCUGGUUUGCAUAUUUGUUCGCGGUAGCUCUGUUUGCGGCAGUGUUGAUCUUUGGAACAAUAUAUUACUUCAUUUACAAGUAUAUUAAACAGCACACCGCACAGCAACCCACGUCUUUGGAUUUCAAGGAUAUUUUACGCUCCCAACCUCUCGUGCCGAGGGUAGAACAAAUUCUGAACCCCUAUGAUUCGUGCAAGCCUGUCCAACUUACUAUAGAGAAGCAACCGGCACAGAUCACCCAACAUCUUCUGGAGGCACUGGAGGACCAGGGAGUAUUCAGCAUGACAGAAACAGCUUACCAGAAACAGGCCAACGCACCACUGUUCCAGACCAUUGCUCGGCCUGUAGGUUAUACACCACAAAUGGCCAAGAACAACCCACCAUGCACGCAAGGUCCUUCGCCUUUAACAUAUGGCGUGUGUUUUGAAGGCACCAGCUCCACCAAAGCAAAUUCUUCAGCAAAUCAAGCGAGGAAGCUCGAUUCUUUAGCUGAGGGCUCCUUGAACAGCGAGCGUUAUAAAUCACAGGUGCCAGAACAGAUUAAAAGAGAAUUGUGGGGAAACAAGCCCCAACAGAUGCCAGUGCCUGUGUUGGGAGAUGCAGAGCGAACUCAAUGUCUGCUGCUUCAGGAAGACAUGCAAGAUAUGCCACAGCUGCUUCCACCCCUUCUGGAAGAGAGAGUACCUGCCACAAGAGAUGAAAAGACAGGGAGCUACAGAAAGCAGCCUGCAGAACUGCAACCAUCUGCGGUGGAAUCCAACCAAAAUGCCAUCUCAGAUGGCAAUCUUCUGUCAAGUAUGCCACCACCCUUCUUUUCACAUCACACCUGCAGCAGCCUCAUUCAAGAUCAGAACCCUGGGCAGUGGGUGGCCUGGGAUUUGACAGCCUGGACGAAUCCCCAGCAUCAGCCUUUGGGAUCCACUGUAUCGGACUGCAUAACUCAAGCGAGCAAGGGGUUGGAAAACAAGCCUUGGUUCCUCGGUACAAACCCAGAUACUUUAGACUCUGCCCACAGCAAUGGGCUCUUUACAAACCUGUUCAGAGACUUGGAGCUGACAGUGCAGGGGGAUCAAGAGUCUGAGGGGAAUGCAGACGCUCAAUAGCAGUUAACACAUCCAGCAACUGAGGAAUGGCGCGAGGGGAGGCGAUAACACAAGGGACGUGGAAAUGUCUCCCUCCAAAAUAGAGUUGAAAGGAAAUGUCUUUCCCCAGCUGUUCCUGAAUCCUCUUUGUGAAUCACACUUCAGCCCAUUAAAGGAAAACUAAAUGUGGUUGAUAGGUACCCUGCCAACUGGGUGGGUACUGCUGGCAUGAUUAUUCCCAGGUGAUUCUGUCCCUCACACAUAGCUGGUUAGCUUGCACAAGGAAUCCUGACAGUGCUAGUCCUAUGUUGUGGCAGAUACCCUCAACUUCGGGGGUGGGAGGAAACACAGAGAUUAGCCUGCCUUUGUUUUAAUUGCAGUUUUGCCUGCAAGUCAUCUUUUCCUCAUGGAUGACAGGACUGUUGAUGGGGUGAAUGCCUCCACCAUUUUGUGGACCCAUCGCCUUUUCUGUUCUUUUAGAUGGCAGCCAUUUUGUGGCAUGUCACAUAUCCACGGCAGCCAUUUUCUGACUGGUGUCUGUUUCCUCAAAAUUCCACAUUUGUUCACUGGCUCCAAAAGUUUGGCCACUCCUGAGUUAAAGGGACAAGAACAGAAGCAGCAGAGACAUUGGUGACUAUUCCUCAGUUCUGUAUUACAUUGGGAGAAGU